UUAUACACCUUACUCAUGGCUAUGAAGAUGAUUUUCGAUUUCUUCCCUGUCUCAAAUUACUACUGCUACUAUCUUCUUCUUUUCGUUUCCAUACUCCUCAUCUCCAAUCUUUUCUCUAAGAAAAGCACCAAAAACACGCCACCAACUCCUCCGGCUCUUCCCAUCAUAGGCCACCUUCAUCUCAUCAACAAACCCUUAAACAGAGCUCUAAAAGAUCUUUCUGACCGUUACGGACCCGUUUUACUUCUCCGUUUCGGUUCUCAAUCUGUUCUAGCUCUUAGUUCUCCUUCAUCCGUCGAAGAAUGUCUCACGAAAAACGACAUCAUUUUCGCUAACCGCCCUCCUGUUGUUGCUGCAAAACAUCUAGGUUACAACUAUAAAACUGUCGAAUGGUCAUCGUAUGGACCAAACUGGAGAAACCUUCGUCGAGUCAUGAACAUGGAUAUUUUCUCUUCUGGUAGUCUUCAAACGACAUCUAUAAUUCGUAACGAAGAAGUUCAAUAUAUGAUGCACCAACUUUACCAAAGAAGUUUGUCAUCCUCUUCCUUAGAUAUGUUCCAUGAGGUAGACUUGAAGUCUAUGUUUUUCGACUUAGGGUUCAAUAUAAUCAUGAAGAUGGUAAGUGGAAAGAGGUAUGAUGGAGAUAAGAAAUGGAUUUUUGAUAGUUUGGUUAGAGAGAGUUUUCUUCCUAAAACGUUGGUUCACAUGGUUGAUUUUUUACCUGUUUUACAAUGGAUUGACUAUCAAGGUACUGAGAAGAAGUUAAAGCAAGUGAAGAAAAAUAAAGAUGCGUUUUUGGAUGAGUUGAUACAGGAGAAUCUAAAAAGCAGUACUAGCAAAGCAGAAACCGAGCAUAAGUCGUUGAUCGAAGUUCUCAUGUCUCUACAAAAAGAUGAACCAGAAACUUACACUCACGAAGUUGUCAAAGGCAUCAUUGGGGUAGGGGUGAGCAACGGACGGUUGCGGAUUAGGGGCCCCAAAGUUGUAGCAUCACUUCAAAAUAUAGCAAGGUUUGAGAAAUCAACUUAA